UCUCAGUUCUAAAGUCCCCAGGCACUCACCCGGACUCAGAGGCUCCUCAGACGCCGAGAUGCGGGUCAUGGCGCCCCAAACCCUCCUCCUGCUGCUCUCGGGGGCCCUGGCCCUGACCGACACCUGGGCCGGCUCGCACUCCUUGAGGUAUUUCAGCGCCGGCACGUCCCGGUCUGGCCGCGGGGAGCCCCGCUUCAUCUCCGUGUGUUACGUGGAGGACACGCAGUUCGUGCGGUUCGACAGCGACGCCGCGAGUCCAAGGAUGGAGCCGCGGGCGCCGUGGGUGGAGCAGGAGGGGCCGGAGUAUUGGGAGGAGCAGACAGGGCUCGCCAAGGACUUUGCACAGACUUUCCGAGUGAGCCUGAGGAACCUGCGCGGCUACUACAACCAGAGCGAGGCCGGGUCUCACACCCUCCAGAGGAUGUCUGGCUGCGAUCUGGGGCCCGACCGGCACCUCCUCCGCGGGUAUCACCAGAUCGCCUACGAUGGCAAGGAUUACAUCGCCCUGAACGGGGACCUGCGCUCCUGGACCGCGGCAGACACGGCGGCAGACACGGCGGCUCAGAUCACCCAGCACAAGUGGGAGGCGGCCCGCGAGGCAGAGCAGUGGAGAGCCCACCUGGAGGGGACGUGCGUGGAGUGGCAGCGCAGACACCUGGAGAACGGGAAGGAGACACUGCAGCGCGCAGAUCCCCCAAAGACACACAUGACCCACCACCCCGUCUCUGACCAUGAGGCCACCCUGAGGUGCUGGGUCCUGGGCUUCUAUCCUGCGGAGAUCACACUGACCUGGCAGGGGGAUGGGGAGGACCAAACUCAGGACACCGAGCUUGUGAAGACCAGGCCAGCAGGAGAUGGAACUUACCAGAAGUGGGGAGCUGUGGUGGUGCCUUCUGGAGAAGAGCAGAGAUACACGUGCCAUGUGCAGCAUGAGGGGCUGCCGGAACCCCUCACCCUGAGAUGGGAGCCAUCUUCCCAGUCCACCAUCCCCAUCGUGGGGAUUGUUGCUGGCCUGGCUGUCCUAGCAGUUGUGGUCACCGGAGCUGUGGUCGCUGCUGUGAUGUGGAGGAGGAAGAGCUCAGGUGGAAAAGGAGGGAGCUACUCUCAGGCUGCGUCCAGCGACAGUGCCCAGGGCUCUGCUGUGUCUCUCACGGCUUGAAAAGCGUGAGACAACUGUCUUGUGUGGGGCUGAGAUGCAGGAUUUCUUCACGCCUCCCUUUUGUGACUUCAGGAGACUCUGGCAUCUUUUUCUGCAAAGGCAUCUGAAUGUGUCUGCGUCCCAGUUAGCAUAAUGUGAGGAGGUGGAGAAACAGCCCACCCCUGUGUCCACCGUGACCCCUGUUCCCACGCUGACCAGUGUUUCCUCCCCAGUCAUCUUUCCUGUUCCAGAGAGGUGGGGCUGGAUGUCUCCAUCUCAGUCUCAACUUUAUGUGCACUGAGCUGCAACUUCUUACUUCCCUACUGAAAAUAAGAAUCUGAAUAUAAAUUUGUUUUCUCAAAUAUCUGCUAUGAGAGGUUGAUGGAUUAAUUAAAAAUAAGUAAACCC